CAGACUCCUGCAACACCGCAUUGUCAAUCGUUCGCCCUGCGCUAUAGUACUGCAGCCCCGGCGAGGUUCCACAGUUGGUAUCUCGGGGCUUUUUCUGUAACAUUCUCGUGGACCCGUUGUCGACUCCUACGCCAGUUAGGCGUCUCUCGAGGGCGAUGUCCUAGGCAUUGUCUCUCCUGCAACGCGUGCCUGGGAAGGAUGCGCCCACUCUGGCUCCACUCACUCACACGAUGUUAGCCAGGGCGUUGAAUUUAAUACAAUGGCCUUUCGCUCCCCGGCGGGGGAGCGAUCGCAGGCUGGGAUCGAAAUUCACGCGCCGUCUCCUCCAUAUCAUGCUGAUUCUGGCAUUUCUCUCCAUCGUCUCUUACGUCUUAUGCAUGAAGAACGCUAGACCUGACAUCCGCAUCCCUCAACGCCCCAUCUAUUCAUACGCGCCCGGUCGUGGAACCGAUCUCCACAUUCAUGACCCCAGCAUAAUCAGUGUCGACGGUACAUAUUAUGCCUAUGGCCAUGGAGAACACAUUCCCAUUCACCAAGCGCCAAAUCUAGACGGGCCGUGGACGCAUGCUGGCAGCGUUCUGGACCACGACAGUAUCAUCGAAAAAGGAAACCGCAGAUUACUCUGGGCGCCCACCACCGUCGAGGUCGACGGUAUCUUCUACUGCUACUACUCGGUGAGUAGGCCUGGGAGUCGCGACAGCGCCGUCGGCAUCGCUACAUCUGCCAGUCCCGGCCCUGGCGGCUGGACUGAUCAUGGAGUCGUCGUGCAAUCCGGCACAGGUGAAGGGACCAGUAGCCACCCGUUCGACAUUUCCAACGCCAUCGAUCCUAGCGCCAUUGUUGUUAAUGGGCAGGGCUACCUGAACUUUGGCAGUUAUUGGACCGGAAUCUGGCAGGUGCCGCUGAACUGGGACCUCGUCUCCGCCGCGACCCAGGCGGAUAGUAAAUCUGCCCGACAUCUCGCCUUUGAACCAUGGGCAGUCUUCCCACGCAGCAAAAACCCGAACCCGCUCUAUGGGGACCCAACUGGCGGACACCCCGUCGAGGGGGCCUUUAUAUCAUACCACGCGCCAUAUUACUACCUCUGGUAUAGCUGGGGGAAGUGUUGUGACUUUAAUUCAGAACAUCUUCCCAUUCGAGGAAAGGAAUACAGCAUUCGCGUCGGACGAUCCUCAAGCCCACGAGGGCCCUUUGUCGACAGAGACGGGGAAGAUCUCACCCGAGGCGGCGGUGAGAUAAUAUACGGUUCAAACGGCGAUAUUUACGCCCCUGGUGGGCAAGGUGUUUUGACUGUCGAUGGAAUCGACAUACUUUACUACCAUUACUUAAACAGAACCAUCAGCUACGCACACAAGGACGCCCGACUAGGUUAUAACUUCUUGGCGUAUGUGGAUGGAUGGCCGGUUGCAUUGUAGCAUCUUAAAGAUAGACAUGAGACUAAUGAUUGGCGGAGUAUUGGGUAUAGAUAUUAUCAUAUAAUGCAG